GUACGAGCUGACGUCAUUUCCCGGAAGUGAAACUAUCGCAAUACGGAAGAGAAGUAACGAAAACAAAUAUUCGUUUCAAAUUUUGUCGAAGAAGACGCCCUUGAAUCGAGUUUACCGUUUGGAUUAAAGUCUUUUGGUGAAGAAUCCGGUUCACGAUGGAGUUCUUAUUUGGAAAAAGAAAGACUCCAGAGGAGAUCUUAAAACAGAACCAAAGGGCACUCAACCGCGCCAUGAGAGAACUGGACCGAGAGCGAAUGAAGCUCGAGCAACAGGAGAAAAAGAUUAUUGCUGAUAUAAAGAAAAUGGCCAAGCAGGGACAGAUGGAUGCAGUUAAAAUCAUGGCCAAGGAUUUGGUUCGCACGAGGCGAUACGUCAAGAAGUUCAUCAUGAUGAAAGCAAACAUCCAGGCUGUUAGUUUGAAGAUUCAGACUCUCAAGUCCAACAACAGCAUGGCACAGGCUAUGAAGGGUGUCACCAAAGCCAUGGCCACAAUGAACAGACAGCUGAAACUGCCACAAAUUCAGAAGAUUAUGAUGGAGUUUGAGAAACAAAGUGAAAUAAUGGACAUGAAGGAGGAAAUGAUGAAUGAUGCCAUUGACGAUGCCAUGGGGGAUGAGGAUGAUGAGGAAGAAAGCGAUGCCAUUGUGUCUCAAGUGCUUGACGAGCUGGGUCUGAAUCUGUCUGACGAACUAUCAAAUCUUCCAGCUCCUGGAGGAAAUCUGUCGGUGGCUGGAGGAAAGAAGGCUGAGCCUCAGGCUGCUCUGGCAGAUGCGGAUGCAGACCUGGAGGAACGGCUGAACAACUUGCGGAGGGACUGAACAGAACACAUUGUAUCUGAUACACACAGUGCUUGUCAGUACAGGUCGAAACACACUCCAAUGGGUGUGAAAAGUUAAACUGGCCGAACACCUUUUGUUCAAAGUUUUGUUUUUCUUAUUCUGUGUAAAUACCUAGUCUGAUGGUAUCAUAUUAAGUGGACACUAAAUACAAAUUGCACCUUUCACAAAGGCCACAUUAAAGGAUGACAUUAUUAUAAAAGUGGGGAAUUGAUAUGGGUGACAUGGAAGAAUGAGCAUUUUUUUGUACAUAGUUCUGGUGUUCUUUGCAACAUCAUCAUCAUCGGUUAAAUAAAUAUAUGCCUUUCUGUUAUAAUAAAUAUCUAGUACUGGCUCUCCAACCAAAAUUACAGAUGAGGAUUAUUGUAUAAAAGUACAUAAAUAAUAAGACAAUGAGCAGAGGUAACAUUUUACUUUUAACUGCUUUUGGAGAAAUGUAAACUUCAGACUGUAUCAUUGAGAGCCGUUGGCCAUCCAGAAAUUCUUCACAAAUUGUCCUGGAAGUUACCAGUUGAAACUUGUUGAUAAUAUUAAAUUAAAACACAGUUAUACAUUGAUGGGCGGGUGCAGAACACGUUACCCCUCACAUGGAUCUGUGGAAAACUGCUGCCGUUCCCAGUAAGUCUGACCCAGACAAUCUUCUACAGUGUGAGUCAUACAUCAAAGAUUUUGUCUCUGAAUUUGCUUGAUUUUUAUCAGUAGGAUUUUUACCAAAGGACUAAUGAGGUGUCCUGGUUUUCUUUUGCCUUUUUCGUUGAUCAAUAAACAUUUUUUUCCAGAA